GCCCCACUUCCUAUCCACGGGAGUGUGUACAUUUACUUCAGACAUUUUCUGGUUACUGGUUUGUCUCAUUAACCAAAUGACAUAAUUGUACAAUUCAGUAGGUUUUAUACUUUGUCUCAUUAUCAACCUCUUCAUGAUUUCUAGAACAUGAAAACACUCUUAAAUAGGAAGUAGACAGGAAGUAAAGGAGGAAAUCAGCCAAGUCACAGCAUGAAGGAAAAGGUGACAAGACAAGAGGAAAUGACAAGAGGAAAUUAAUAUUUUUGACACCCGGGGUACUCUGGGCGUUUGACAAGGUUUCGCCUACAUGUGUUUUGGGCUGGCCUUCAACUUUUGGGCUGUAAAAAAAAAAAAAGUAAAAAAUUUAUAUGCAGCAAAAAAUAGUUUGAGUUUUUUUGACGCAGUUUAAUAGGAACUGACCAUAGAAGAAACUCCACCUCUUUGGUUGCAUGAAGAAACAUAAAACAUCACUUGUCGUUACCUCAAGAGGUUCAUUAUGAGAAGAAAGCAGCAGUGAACGUUGUAAUUAGUAUCAAACUGAUUUACAUCUUAAGGACCAGGAUGAUGAAUCUUCACCUCACUUUAACACUCGUCGGUGUUCUUAGAGCUUCUCUGCUGGCUGAUGGUAUUAACAUACGACUCACUGGUGGCAACAACCCCUGCUCUGGUAGAGUGGAGAUCCUGUAUAAUGGUCAGUGGGGAACAGUGUGUGAUGACUACUGGGACCUGAAUGAUGCAGAGGUGGUGUGUAGACAGAUUGGAUGUGGUAAAGCUGUCACUGCUCAUCAAAGUGCCCACUUUGGUCAGGGAAGUGGCAAAAUAUGGCUGGAUGAUGUUCAGUGUUCUGGAAGUGAAAGCACCAUCACACAGUGCUCUCACAGAGGAUUUGGAGUACACGACUGUAGCCAUGGUGAAGAUGCUGGUGUUACUUGCUCAGCAUUCGACUCAUUGGUGGCAGUCACCCCUGCUCUGGCAGAGUGGAGAUCCUGUAUAAUGGUCAGUGGGGAACAGUGUGUGAUGACGACUGGGACCUGAAUGAUGCAGAGGUGGUGUGUAGACAGAUUGGAUGUGGUA